GAGUCGACCUUUGUAUCCCUAAUGAUAUAUAUUUAUCACGGUGCGGAAUUAAUUGUGUUAUUUUUUUAACUUUUUAUUGGCAUAAAGUUUGCAAGUGAAAAGUAACCGGAUAUUACUAACGAAACAAUUCAAUGUAUCAAUGAUGUGGCUCCAAAUAAAUGUUUAUAGGCACAAACAAAUUAAUUGAAGUGUAAAAUAGAUUGCCAAACAAGUGAAUUCUGACGUUCCUUGCUUGCCAAAGCAGAAUAUGAUUCGUAGUGUGCGUCUGUGUAUAUGAAAGAAAUUGUGAUAAUGAAUUUAAUUAUCGCUAAGCAAAAACAACAUGUUCCAGCAAAAAAAUGUACGAAAUAAAAAGCACCGUUUUUGAUUAGGAGAAUCGCUCGGAAGCAGUCAAAACAAUAACAAAAAACAAAUCAAGUCUACACAAACGGUCGGGAAAAAAUCAAAGAAAGAAGCCUAUUGGACGCGUUGUUGUGUAUGUGUGUGUGCGCGUAUUAGAUUGUUGAUAGUGUGGCCGGGUUGGUGGUGUCAAGAAUCAAGAAUACGCUGAACGGAACAAUGAAUACGGAGAUGAACGGUGUGAGAAUUAUUUUUAUUCAUAUGUUUUUUUCUACUGCUUCUUGGUGAACGUCGACGAGCAACACAACACAAAUAGAAAAGAAUAAAUAAACCGACGUCAGACAAUACGUCAAAAUAUUCGCUCACACCCGCACCGCUCUGUGCCGUAUCGCUCCGUGCUCCUACACAACGUCGUGGUGGAGUCGUCGACGGACGAGAACGACUGAGAAUUUGUUUUUUGCUGUAUUUUUAAUUAAAUUUGAACGAAAUUAACGAAACUUGUAUUAACCCAAGCAGCUUUAUGCUGCUCUGGAAGCACCAAAAACAUUUUUGCGGUCAUCAAAAAGAAUAAUUAAACGGAUCGUGCGAGUGUCUGUGAUUGAAGAAAAUUCAGCGUUGCGUCAUCAUUCUCGGUGGAAUUAAUGUUACUUGUCGGUUGUAGAAUUAAAGGAUAAUCGCCUAGCCAGUAGCACAGCACCAAAAGAAACACAUAUCUUUGGCCAAAUGGAAUGUGGACUUCUUCAUCCACUGUCACAUUGUCCCUCAAUUUUGGUAUAACAACAAUCGCAACUGCGUCAUUUCAUUGAAGAUUCUGAAGAGACAAGAACAAAACAAUAUGUCUGUGCAACAAUUUUGUUUACGUUGGAACAACCAUCAACCAAACUUUAUAUCGGUCUGCUCAUCACUACUACACAAUGGCACACUGGUUGAUGUGACAUUAGCCGCUGAGGGAAGGCAAUUGCAGGCACACAAAAUCGUGCUCUCAGCGUGCAGUUCAUAUUUUCAGACACUUUUCACUUCAAAUCCAUGCCAACAUCCAAUUGUUAUUUUAAAGGAUGUUCAGUACGAUGACUUGAAGACAAUGGUCGAUUUUAUGUACUAUGGCGAGGUAAAUGUAUCGCAAGAGCAAUUGCCGCAUAUAUUAAAAACGGCAGAAAUGCUCAAGAUCAAAGGACUAGCGGAGAUGCCCACCGAUCCAGCCAAUUUAACAAAAUCCGAAAGCAAAUCAUCGAACGAAGCCCCAGAAUUGGUUGGGGGUGGUGGUGGUGGCGGCAACAAUGUGAUUGGUGGAAGUGGCAGCAGUGGUGGUAAUAGCAGUGGAGGUCUUGGCAGUACCAGCGGCACUGGUAGUGUCAGUGACUCCUUAUGGGGUAGUACAGAAUUUCAACAACACCAACAGCAACAACAACACCAGCAACAACAACAACAGCAUCAGCAGCAACAACAACACCAACAUCAUCAGCAGCUUCAAGCACAAGCACAGCAGCAGCAACAACAGCAGCUGCAACAUCACCAUCAGCAGCAACAACAACAAUUACACACACAGCUUCAAAAUAGUCAAACCCAAACCUCACAACAACAACAGCAGCAACAACACCAUCAACAAUUAAGACGCACACCGUCACCACUAGGCGCGGGCGCCUCACCGGCAACCAGGCGAAAACGUUUACGAAAGUCGUCCAAUAAUGGCUCAGGUGAACGUACCAAUUCCGAAGAUCAUAACACUUCACUGGAUGCCGCCACCGCGGGUGGUUUAACGCUGUCACAAAUGAGCCAAAUGACAUUUGGUAGUUCCGCUGCGAAUAGCGCUCUUGGUGGUUUAGCAGCACAUUCACUGCAUACGGCAAAACUGCUUAAGGAGGCAUCAAAUAAUGACUUGGAACAUAACCCUCAAGACUCAGAUAGUUUAGAUGACACCCACGGCCAUGUACAUAUGCAAAUUAAACCCGAAGUGGAUAUCAGUGGCGUUCAACAAUCGAUGCCAUUAGAUAUAUCUGGUGCCACGACUCCAUCUGAACACGAUGCCCCUAAUUCGCAAUCUGCACAUUCAGAUCUUUCUGUUACACCUGGAGUUAGCAAUAUUAUGACCGAUGGUGGCCCGUCCGGAGUAGCAAAAAAUAUGACUCAAUCACACCAACAACAACAGUCACAAUCCCAAAUGGGCACCAAACGUAAUCGUGUACUUACUAGGCAACCACGUGUUAAGCGCGACAGUGAUAGCUUGUCCAGCAGUCAAAUAUCGCCAGAGCCCUCAACCGGUAGUUUGGAAUUCGAACCAUUCAACAAUUCAUCACAAACCCUGUACACAUCUACAACACAUCAUCCUAUGCCGGCCAAUGCUCAUCAACACCACCAACACGCGCAUCACCACUCACAAGCUCACAAUUUUCUGUCUGUUCCAUCACGAAUUGAGCGUCACUCUUCGGAACCAGCGCCAAGUUUGUCGCCAACCUCGCCUCAUCAUUUAACUGUACCACAGUCAACGCCUUUCUUAAUUAAACAACAUUCGGACCCCCUAUUGCCUAGUCAGCAUUCUGAACAUCUUGGUGGCAUCAGUUGCGGUACAUCCUCCAGCAGCGGCAAUCUAACAAAUCCAUUUGCACCUUUACACCGCCAAUAUUCACAUCCGUUAUCGGGUAACGCAACUGGAGCAUAUCUAGCGACAAGUGCUCCCCUACAACAUUCUCAACACAUAUCAUUACCCGAAUCUAUAUAUGAAACUGCUUCGCCGCCACCAGCCGGCUCAUCUCAUUAUAUUGUCCCGCAAACAACCCCAAACAAUCCAGCACAGACACCAUCGUCGUCUAACAGUAAUAGCAGCGCUACAACUCCAGCGAGUAGUGCAAGUCCCACAAAAUCAAUAAAUUUGCCCCAAUUCCAGUCAGCUUAUUUGAGUAGUGAAAGAACUGUAACAUCAGCUGCGGGCUCACCGCCAAUACCUAGAGUUCCUUCGACACAAAUGUCCGAACGCAGUGUAUCGGAGGAUAGUCAAGCGACAGUUGUAUCGUGUAACAUGGCUACAACAGCAACAAACAUGACUACGUCCGCAUCAUCGGCGAAUACAGGGUUGGCGAGUAAAUUUCGUAGCUCUAAAUCAGUCUCGGCCGUUAUGCAAACCGAACGUAGCAGUUCUCUCCAAACAGGCGGCAGUACUUUAGCUUCUUCGAGUGGCGGAGGUAGUUCGUUGGAACAUUUACCUACAUUACGUGUCAGAAGCGAGGAGUUACAACGAUCGGUAUCAUCUCCACAGACCUCAAGGGAGAUGAUCACCUUAGAAAAUCCACGUUCUAGUCACUGUCCAGUUAUUCGGCCUGGACCCGCACUGGGUUGUAAUUUUUGUUGGAAUACCAUCGAUGGUCAUGGAAGAAUUUUGCGACGCAAAACUAAAUACCAUUGUCCAGAGUGUCAAACGAAUUUAUGUAUUGUGCCAUGCUUUCAAGAAUAUCAUGAACGUCUUAAUAAUGAACAGGAAACAGCUACAACUACGAAUGCGAAUAACAAUAGUAACACAACCAAAAGUUCAACAAGUUCCAGCUCAUCAGCACAUGUCGGCAGUAACCAAACAUCAGAGGCAACAGGAUCAUCCGGUGGUAGAAGCAGUUCACAAAGUAGUCAUGUGGCUACAGGUGGAACUCGACAUUAUACAAAAACGGAAACGUUUUAGUCGAUUUUUUAAAUAAUAACAAUUGUAAUUGUUAUAAUACUAUUUGUAAUGCCAAGAUAUCAAAGGGGAUUAUGUGUAUAAUAAGAUUACACAAUCCUUUCAUGCAAAACCCUAAAAGAGAAUGAGAGCGUAUUCAUUGGAGGCCAGUGUUGGUAGCAAAAAAAUCGUAAACAUCUUUAUUUUAACUAAGAGUAUAUAUAUGACAUGAUCCAAAAAACAAUUGCAGGUCUACCUGCUGAUUAUUAUCUUUUAUUAGUUCCCAUGGUACAUGAGGAGGUGAACUGGAUGUGGAAAACAAUACUAAAGGUGUGUGCAGCUUGAAGUCUCCUCAUGGCAUAUUUUGUGAUAUAUCACUUAGAUACUGCCACCGUUCAAAGACUUCAAGCUGCUUAUGUAGCCACACCUUAAGGUUAUGUCCGCUUUUUGUCAGAUUUUUUUUAAGUCGUUAUAUUUUAUUUGAAAUUUAAAUCAUUUUUAAUAUAAAUUAUAAAUUUCGAAAAAUGAAUGAAGUAUCUGAAUUUCAUUUCAACUGCCUAAUUUAAUUUCAUGACAAAGUCAGUUAUUACCCUUUGUACACGCUCAGAAAAAAUUGCAAUCGUCUGGUCUUUAGCAUAUUUUCGAAAUUAAUUGUUGACAUAUAACAUCUGACACUUUCGGAAUGAAUGAAUAAUCAGCAGUUAGAAUAUGGAAAUAAUUAUAAGAUCGACACAUAAGACCAGUCUACUUAUAUUUACUGUCAACAUAAUUUGAAUUAGUUGAACAAGUACAAUAUAUGUCAAUUAUAGUUAAUUUUGUUAAAAAUUUGUAAUUCAAAUCAAGGCUUACAUAAGGUCGACCAAGACAAAACUUAGUAGUUUUUUUCGCUACUGCGAUUUAACUCUCUUUGAAGGCGGGCUUACUGGCUUACUUUUUAUGGACCUUGAUUCAUAUUUUCAAAUCAUUUGAUUCAUUCAAUUAGAAAUAUCAAAGAAAACAUUUUUUUUUGGAUUAUGUUCUUCACUUCAUACAUUUUGGAUGCUAAGAUUUGUAUGAUAUACAAGAGAAAAAAAAGAGCCUGUGUAGACAAUAAAUCUUUCUUUUUAUGUACAAUGUAUUCAAUAUUUAUAUAGGUAUUUAAUGUACAGGGUGAGAUAAAAAAACUGCAACAAAGUCAAACGCCAUAAUUUAUAUAUUUUUUUUAAAUUGUAUUUAAUGAAAGCGAAAAAUUUCGGAAAUAGCAUCAAAUUUUAGAAUAACUUUAGAUUUAUUCGGAUUAAUCAUCUUUGGCACGAAACCGGCCAAUGAAACCGUCACGGUAUUUUGGUCCAUUCCCGGCGAAGCGCUUGCUUGAGGUGAUCGACACUUUGGUAUUUUUUAGUGCCAACCUUGCUUUCCAAAAUACUCCAGACACAAUAGUCCAAUGGAUUGGUAUCCGGAGAUUUUGGUGGCCAUUGUGCGCUGAAAAUGAAGCGAGGAAACUCAUUUUGUAACCAUUCUUGGGUGGCUCGUGCUGAGUACUGUUGGAAUGUCCAAGGUCUGCGGCCAAAAUGUUUGCGUGCCCAAGGCUUUAAUACACCCUCUAGAAUAUUUUCGCGAUAAUAUUCAGCAUUUAUUCUGAUGCCUCGGUCGAUUAAUACGAGCAGAGAGCGACCAUCGGCUGUUAUGGCGGCCUACACCAUCACCAUGGCUGGGACUUGAGUUCUGGUGGCCAACAGAAGGCAAGUAAACACGAUCAUUUUGUUUGUUUACAAAUUGCUGGACAACGAAUGUUUUCUCAUCGGAGAAAACCAAAUUCGGCAGUUCACCACUUUCGAAUAAGCGAAUAAAAAAUAAGUGAUGGUACGAGACACAAAAGAUUUAUUCACAUUUAAAUGCUGGAGUGCUCUAACGAUAGCCACUUGUGGUUUUCCAGCCAAAUAUAUAGAAGUCACACUAUCACGCUUAAAAUUCAUCACAAAUAUUUUUUUUCUGGAAAAUUCCCACCAAAAUGCUUUGGUACGCUUGUAAACAAUAUAAUGAGCUGUCACUGGAAUAAUUUUAACAGCUGUCGGAGGAGUGGCUUAUAAAUGACAACAGUCUGAAGUUGGUUGCAGUUUUUUUCAUCUCACCCUGUAAAUGUGUUUAACUUAUAUGGUGAAAAAUGUCGACCAAAUACGUCUUAUGUUAGGAAAAGCUGACAAACAUGAGUUUCAGCUUUUUUGUUUGUUCCGUUUCAAAAACUGCGAGAAUGUUAAGUAUCUUAAGUAUAAACAUACACUUGUUUGCUUUACGAAAAUUCGUUUAGUAUUUUGGUCAAUUAUGUCUAUAAACAUAAUUCUACAUCGAAUAAUGCUACCAAUGCUAAUCUGGCUUUUUAUAGUACGCUUUAAUUGAAAUCAUCGGAGGAAAUUUUAUUCCGAAGGCUUAUUUUCUAGAUCACUAUAAAAAAUAUGAAUUUGGCAAAAAUAAUAAAAGAGGUAUUUCAAUAUGGUUUCAUUAAAAAUAUUUUUGUAAAAUUUGGUGAUCGAAUGGCAUAAUUUGUGGAAUUAGGGGUAAAGCAUGUAAUUGGCAAUCUUAUUUGUUAGUAGCGAUUAAUUAAAAAAAAAACUGUUUUUAGUACUCUAAUACCAAAAGGUAAUACAACAAUCUACUGGAAAACUUAUUUCGGUACAAUUUUGUUUAUAAUUUAGAUAAAUAUUGAUAAUUUGGAUAUCCAAACAUUUGUAUUUCUUGAAGUGAACCUUACAUUUGGGGUUUCCUAAACAAAUUACUUUGUAUGGCUAUAAUGAUUUCGAAAUGAAAUCCAUUUUUAUAAAAGCCAAAGUUGUUGAAAUGUUUUUAUUUUGAGAAAUAAAAUCAAAAUACAAAAAAAAACAAAAUUAAAUAAAAUAUAGUUUUAUAAACUUGUUAGUUUUUAUAAGAAUAAAUAUAUAUUUGUUGGCAAGAGAUUUUAAUUAUUAAACGAAGAAAAUAAUAGUAAUGAGUAAAAAUAUAUAAAUGUGUGUAUAUUAAAACAAAAAAUGUUUUCAAAAUAGUUCAAUAAGUUUAAAUUAAUCAAAAAGUUCAACUCGAACAUGUAUCUUAAACAUUUAUUUGUAGGUAGAUGUAUGUGUGUAUUCAUAUGUAAACAAAUAUGUGUAAUAAUCCGUGGUUAUCGAAAUCUAUGUUAAAUUAUGUUUUUUUUUUUUUUUGUCGAAAGUGAUAUUUAAUAAUAACACAUCUGCACUUCUUGUUGUCCAAAAAGGAAAAACUUUGUAUGGUCAUAUAUUUUAUUAAUUGGUCAAAAAUGAUUUAAAAUAAAAAGUAAAAAAGAAAAA